AUGUUUUUGUUUGACAUUCUCUCCUUCUCACCACAACCCGUACAGACCCACAUAUCCACCAUGGGAAGACAAUCUGAAGAUACCAUUUCCUCCAGUGCAUCUUCUCUGUCGACAAUGAGGGCAUCAUUGAAUGAUACUGUCGAUGAGAUGGAUGAUCCCAGUCAACUACAAGGUGUGGUUAGUGAUAAAAUUAAAAGCACUCCUAUUUUAAAGGCAGUUACUCACCUAGAGCCAACCAGGUUCCCGUCAUUGACGUUUAUCAAGAAUCCAAACAUGGCCAUAGAUCGAGAGACAAGCAUAAAAAAUGUCAAUCUGAAGGCCGAACUUAUUGAAAAUACGGAAAAGAUUGAAAAACACGUCAAGGAAUCUCUUUUCAUGGAAACCUCCAACCAUGAUGCAAAAUCUUCCACGUUUAGACGAAACAAGGCCGGAAGCACAGCCACGCUAUAUAGUAUCAGUACGGAGAACACUGGGGCAUCUGAGUUUGAGGACGCAAGGUCAAACUUUACCAUUAUGACAAAGUUUGACCAUCAUAUCAACGAUGAUAACAAUUCGUUAUAUCAGCAAUCAUUCAACUCAAAUUGCAUCGAGCAAUCACAAAAAUCUAUAGGGCUGUCCAAUUCGAAUAUUCAGAGGAGUCCAGAAAAAACAGAAUCUUUUAUAUACAAUGACCUAAACUCUGUAGAUAUUUUAAGCCACAAUGCACAAAGGAAAAUAUCUUCAAAUGUUACGCUGCUUGGUAAUAAUGCCAAAGAUUUACAAACUAACAACUUGCCCAAGAACAAUGAAUUAGACUUUUUAGACAACCAAUCAAUAUCUACAAUCAUAACUGCAACCGAUAAUAUGUCCUCGAAUUUUAUAUCGAGAUCUCCAACGAAGAGAAACAAUCAUUAUAACAAUGUACCUGUCUCCCCCACAUACUCCAAAGUACGACAGGUUUCACACAAAUUAUUUGGUAACUAUAAUUCAGGUAUUCUCAGUAGUAAUAAUAAUGAUACACACAACAGUAAUGGGAUUAACAACAAUAACAGUAUCGAUAGCAAUGCUUGUUUUCAAUCCACCCUAAACAAUUCAAAGAUAAGCCUACAGAAAAGGUCAAGUUUGAACUUUGAACCCAAAUAUGGACUAUCCGACGGUUAUGGUAAUGAUUUUAUUCGAAUACACAAAGUUAUGGACGAGAAUAAUCAAAAUUCAAAAAAGUUAGAUUCUGACAACGACGAACAUACAGGUUUUACAGAUGCAGAAUCAAUACUUGCGAAGCCUUAUAAAAAUAAAAACAAGUAUCUAAUGAACCUCCAGAAUAACUACUAUAAGAGUAGUAUGAGCAGCAUUAAGAAAACUUUUAAUAGAGACCUGGAAAGUCAAACAAUUAAACCGUUCAGGAGUAGCAAAGGUUGUAGAGACUACGGAUCAAUGGCAGAUAAUGACUACUUUGAUCCACUUGGUGAUGGGUACGUUGAAGGAGCAGGAGGCGUGGGGAGAAGUGGAGGGGAAUUGCACCAUGGGAAGAGCUCUCCUCACGAUUAUAAAUCAAUGUACUAUAAACAGAAUCUAGUUCUAAACUUUUUGAUCUCAACUAUUUACAUCUUUGCAUUAUUGCUAAUUUUAUUCUCCAUUCUGAAAUUACUGAUAUUAAAAAAUUUUGAUAACAUAUUGACUAAUUUUGAAGUUGUCAAUCUUUCAAAUGUAUUGAUUAGUGACGAAGUUCUAUUACUGGACAUAGAAACAAAGGCAAUCAAUGCCAAUCUUCAAGAUGUAAACAUUUGGACUAUGGACCUUGAUGUUUUCCUUGUAACCAAUGAAGGCUAUUUCUCAUCACCUCAAGACUCACCUAAGGAUAUAACCAUAUUGCUCGGUAACAGCCAGCAGUUUCUUACUCCGAUGAGGUUUAGAGGUUUAAUCGAUCUUCCAUCAUGGUAUGAUGUUUGGAAUAGUUGGAGAAACCCAGAUCUAAUAAAGCCCUCAAGGACAUUUGCACAGCUGAAGAUUUAUCAACCUGGUAAGAAUUUUGUCUAUAAGGGAGAACCUUUGACGAGAGAACAGUGGGACGAUAUACUCAAUAGAACUUACAAGUUGAAAAUAAGGGGAAAUCUAGAAUAUUCAUUACCACUGGCAUUUCAAAACCAGUUUAUUAGUAUAUCUACAGAUGCUGAAGUUCUGCCUUCUUGA